AGAGGCGAAAACAUUUUGCCAUCUGUAUACUGGGUGGUAAACUAUGUCACUGAUUUUCUCGCUAUAAAAGGGAGUAGGAUCCACAUUUGGGCAGAUCUCAGCCAUCUACACAAUGAAGAUCAUCAUACUAUUUGCACUGGCUAGUGUCGGUGUCUGCACGGUGUCUGGGAGCUCUGAUCCGCCUCCACCAAAGGAAUGCUCAACAUGUGAACCAUAUCCUCCCACAUUUGAUCGCUGUGAUGGCUUUGUAAAUGAAUACGCGAAUGAUGAAAACUGUUUGCCACAUGCGUUGGAGAGUGUCCCGCAACUGCUGGAAAUUGCAAAGAAAUUGAUCUGUAAGGGAAGAAAGAAUAAGUUGGAUAAGAGCUCCGUGUACUACGCAGAAUUUGAAAAAGAAAUGAGGGAUUUUAUGGGAUGUACUGGCUGUUUUGUUGGCGGGACACUUGGUCUCGAAGAGUUACUAGGACGUCUUGCAGCUGCACUUGGCGGUGUUCUUGGAACUUCAGUUGCAACAAUUCUGGAACUUAUUCACAGCACAGGCCUUACUAAUCCAGCUUUAGACCUGAUAUGUGGUGUGUUCACUGGGGAACUCACCUCCAAGUGUGCGGAAAUUGUAUCCAAUAGCGAUAUUACGGCAAACAAAGGCCCCUUGCAAAACCUCGCCUGCAUGGCAAGAAAAGAAACUCUGGAUUUGCCAAACACUAUCCAGAAUUUGGAGGUUCUUGGCUGCAUACAGAAGGACUUACUGGGCAUUAAAGAUGCAUUGGGAACUCUUACUCCAGGCAUUCUCAAAAUACUUGAUUCCGUUGUUAAGACUGUUAUUGGUGCAGUGCUGAACAUCCCUGUGGUUGGAAACCUUCUAGGGCAACUCGAAUGUACAGCGUUGGAUCUUCUAAAUGGUUUACUGGGUGGUCUUGGCGGAUAGACAAAGAAACAUAAUACAGUUGUGGAACUCAAGCUUCCAACUUGGAGGAAUCUAAAAAAUGAAAACUGACAAAAUGGAUCAUUUUCAAUCUUCUGAUUUUCUGAAAUGUUUUUGAUCAUCUUUUUAUAGAGAUUUACAUAUUGAUUGUUUCUAUUUUUUUCUCUUUUCUUCAAACCACACAAUAAAUUCCCUGCAGAUGAAA